CCCAAAUUACUAAGACUUAUGCUGAGCUUUUCAACUGUGAUAUAGGCCAAUUCCCUCUUAAGUAUCUGGGCAUGCCGGUGAGUUACACGGCUCUGAGAAACUCUGACUGGGAUUUCAUAGUUGAUAAAUAUCUCCUUAGAUUCGAUGCCUGGGUUGGUAAUACUGCUUCUAUGGGAGGGAGACACACCCUUCUAGACUCGAUAGUUACUCAACUCUCUCUAUACCACAUGUCUAUGUGGCUGAUGGACAAAUCUUUUGUGGAAAAAUUGGAUAAAUACAGAAGGAGAUUCUUCUGGCAGGGGUGUAGUAAGAAACGAAGAUAUCACUUGAUCAGAUGGAACAAGAUAUGUAGAUCCAAAGAAAAAGGGGGGCUUGGUAUUAAAGACUUGCGCAAGCAAAAUAUUAGUCUGAUGCUCAAGUGGUGGUGGAAGCUAGACACCCAGAAAGGAAUCUGGCAAGAUAUUGUUCGGGCUAGGUAUCUUCACAACCAAACUGUUGCAACUGUUAGCCCUCGUUUCUCUGAUUCACCUUGUUGGAAAAACUUGUUGAAAAUCAAAAACAUGUACAUGAUAGGCAGGAAGCUUCACGUGGGGACAGGCAACCUAACCAGGUUGUGGAAAGACUCUAUUAAUGGGUUAACUCCUUUCCAAGAACAAUUCCCAUGCCUCUUUGAUAUUUGUGUUGAUCAAGAUUGUACCCUGGAUAUGCUUAGCUCCACAACCUGUUCUAGCUUUUUCCGCAGAAGAUUGAACGCUGAUUUGACAGACCAGUGGUCUAAUCUUCGAGAUCAGGGCUCCAGGCGGGGGACGACGUCAAGCAGCUUCGGGCAGGGGCGGAGAUGAUUCGCGACGGGACGAUGAGGCUGAUGCGAGCCUGUGAUGCAACUAUCAAGAUUGGAGACUAAAAAACAAAAAUAGGGAAGGAGAUCGACGGAUUAUCCCCCAAGCACCUCAUACUCACGCCGCGUCUCGUUUACCCCGGUCGUCUGGACAGAGGACUACUGUUUUGAGCUACGGCUCCUGGUGUUUUGCUGUCAUACUUUCUGGUGGCUUUUGGACUGUCGUUUGUAAUAGGUCUAGAUGUUUGGUGCUACUAGGUUUUCGCCCCAUGGCGCCCGUU